AGCCCCGCGCACUUUAGCAAGAAACCUAGCCGACUGUCUAACCGUUCUUCACUUCAAAUCUCACUGCGCCGUUAUUUCUGCAAAAAACCGUUGGAUCAGUUCUCUUUCUCAUAGCACAUCUAAAGGGUGGAGAUCGGAGAAGCUUUCAGCUGAUUGAGAAUGGUUUCUGGCAGAUGGAUAGAGAGUGGAGUGGAUCUGUGGAAGGACAAGGCUCGAUCGCUGCAGUUUCGCCUCCGAGACCGUCUCAGAGUCGCCGUCGAUCACCACCGUCGCCGCCCGAAGAUAUCAGACGGUUACUUCGCCUCCACUGUGCAGAGAUGGGCCCAGCGGUUUAGCGAUUUCCGUCAGGAGUCUCUGCCUUCGUCUUCCAAAUUCUACCGCAAAAGAGUUAGCAAGGAUGUGGAUCCAGAAACUGAUUCAGUCCUGACACGUAUGCUUCAAGCUGUUGCUGUUCCUCUUCUUGGAAAUGUUUGCCAUGUAUUUAUGCAUGGCCUUAAUCAAGUUCAGAUAUAUGGUGCUGAGAAAUUACAUCAUGCUGUGCUCAAUCGGCCAGGGGACAAGCCUUUAAUUACAGUCAGCAAUCACGUUGCUUCUAUGGAUGAUCCACUGGUCAUUGCUGCAUUGCUUCCUCCAAGUGUUAUUUUCGAUGCUCAAACUUUAAGAUGGACACUAUGUGCAACCGAUCGAUGCUUCAAAAAUCCAGCAACGUCGGCAUUCUUCAAAUCUGUUAAAGUCCUACCAGUUUCCCGUGGUGAUGGAAUUUAUCAAAAGGGUAUGGACAUGGCUAUUUCAAAACUCAACCGUGGUGGAUGGGUUCACAUAUUCCCAGAAGGUAGUCGUUCUCGAGAUGGUGGGAAAACCAUGGGUUCUGCAAAAAGAGGCAUUGGAAGGUUGGUCCUGGAUGCUGACUGUAUACCAAUAGUUGUCCCAUUUGUGCAUACUGGCAUGCAAGAAAUAAUGCCUAUUGGAGCCAAGUUUCCCAGGAUUGGCAAGACGGUGACUGUGCUUGUUGGUGAUCCCAUUGAAUUUGAUGACCUUAUUGCUGCGGAGGGGGAGCAGAACAUAUCAAGAGGAAAGCUCUAUGAUGCCGUGUCUGAAAGAAUUGGUGAUCGAUUACAGAAGCUAAAAGCACAAGUUGACAGAUUAGCGGCUAAUAAGCAAUCACAGGAGUAUCAUGUUCCUGUUACAGAACGAGCUGCUGGGAUUCUGCAACAGGUCGACUGGGAAUCCUUUGGCAUGGAAACGUACACACACCCCGAUUCUCAUUCCUCAUCGUUGAAACAAGAGUUUUCUUUGGAAGCCGAGCCAGCUGAAACCAAUGCCCAUGUAAAUCAGGACUCGUAUUUCAGAAUGGGCUUCUCCGGUAAAGGCAGAUUUGCAUCGCGAAUCAAGAAUUACAUGGACUCAACCGAAAUAACACUGUUCUCAGCUAGAGGUUUGUUUGCAAGGAACAAGGCAGAAUGUGACGCUGUAACCAUUCAAUAUUUUAGUCCCCUAAGGGCAUGGCACAACCUCUUGAGGAGGCCUAACUGUGAAUUAUACUAUUCUCCCUAAAAGACAAUGUUGGUUGGCUCGAAGAUCUGUGUAAAUAUAUAUAGGCAAAUAUGGUGUAAGUUAUUGCGUUUUG